CAAUUCAAAAUGCUAUUGGUCCUUUGCCUGAAAAGAAACUUAUAGUUUGUCAGAAUUGCAAAGAGCCAUUUUCCUCCAUGGACGCUGAAAGCUCAGAGCCAGUCUGCAGCAAAUGUGUUAUGUUGAAUCUGUCCUCGGUUGGCCCAGUGUACUCAACUCGUAAACGGUCAUCAAAGUUUGUUUUUCCUUCCCAAUCUACUUCAGCAUGUGACAACGCUCAAGAUAUCAGCCCUAAAAAUUCAAUUGAAAACUCAGGUGAAGCAAUUCUUACUCCAAAGUUGCACACUUCUCAGGCUGAUUUGCCUUCUGAAAUGCUUCAAGGCAGAAGUCGAGCAAAAUUAGUGAAAAAAUCAGCAGGUGCUUCUCUUACGCCAAAAUUACGCAGCAGUUCAAGGAUGGGAAGAAUUUCAGAAACAAAUAUGUGUGAGAAAAUAGUAAAAAAUGCACAAGAUUCAUCUAUGUCUCCAAAGACUUGUGUCAGUCCCGUGGUGGGAAAAUCCGCAGGAACAAAGGAUCACAAGAAAUUGAAGAGAAGGUCAUCUAAACUGGCCUUGUCUCCGAAGCCUUCACCUGGAAAUGCUUGUGCAAAAGUUAAAACAAGGUUAAGAGAAGAAGUUCUGACACCCAAGCCUUCUAAAACUCCCACCGCUCUUAAAUCUUCAGAGAAGAAAACCAGUGGGAAAAUUACAAGAAAAGACCUUCGGCUGCAUAAGUUGGUUUUUGAAGAUGAUGUAUUGCCUGAUGGAACUGUGCUUGGCUAUUAUGCUAGAGGACAGAAAUUACUGGAGGGCUCCAAAAAGGGUUCUGGAAUUCUUUGUAAUUGCUGUGAUACGGUGGUUAGUGCUUCGCAAUUUGAGGCACAUGCUGGUUGUGCUUCACGCAGAAAACCGUAUUGCUAUAUAUACACAUCUAAUGGGGUCUCUCUGCAUGAGUUAUCGGUAACCCUAAUAAAAGAUCGUCGGCAUUCUGCCAAGUACAAUGAUGACCUGUGCUCUAUUUGUGCUGAUGGUGGGAAUCUUCUUCUUUGCGAUGGAUGUCCAAGAGCUUUUCAUACGGAGUGUGCAUCUUUGCCAAGCAUACCUCGUGGAAAAUGGUAUUGUAAAUACUGUCAGAAUAUGUUUGAAAGGGAGAAAUUUGUUGCGCAUAAUGCUAAUGCGCUUGCUGCUGGAAGAGUUAGUGGAGUUGAUUCUAUAGAGCAGAUAACAAAGCAGUCCAUUCGAAUUGUCAACAACCUUGCAUCUGAAGUUAGUGCCUGCAUAUUGUGCAGAGGUUUUGACUUUUGCAAGACAGGAUUUGGGCCUCGUACAAUUAUCCUCUGUGACCAGUGUGAGAAGGAAUAUCAUGUUGGUUGCUUAAAGGAUCAUAAUAUGGCAGACCUUACGGAAUUGCCGGAUGGGAAAUGGUUUUGUAGCAUGGAUUGUAGAAGGGUUGAAUCUUCUUUGCAGAAUCUUCUGGUUCGAGGAGUUGAAAAGCUUCCUAAAUCUCUUGUGGAUAUCAUCCGGAAAAAGAACAUGCACAUUGGUUCUGAUAGUGGAUCUGAUUUGGAAGUAAGCUGGAGACUUCUCAGUGGAAAGAUUGCAUCUCCUGAAACUAGACCUUUGCUCUCGCAGGCUGUAGCUAUUUUCCAUGAAUCUUUUGCCCCAAUCAUUGAUGUAGUGUCUGGACAUGACCUUAUACCUGCAAUGGUUUACGGGAGGAAUGUGGGUGGCCAAGAAUACGGAGGGAUGUACUGUGCUGUGUUAACCGCCAACGAAGUGGUUGUAUCAGCUGGAAUAUUCCGAAUAUUUGGUCCAGAUGUUGCAGAGCUCCCGUUGGUCGCAACAAGCAGUGGUAAUCAUGGCAAAGGUUAUUUUCAAACACUAUUUGCUUGCAUCGAGAGACUCUUGGCGUUCCUUAAAGUUAAGACCAUAGUGCUUCCAGCAGCAGAGGAGGCAGGAUCUAUAUGGACAGAUCGUUUUGGUUUCACAAAGAUGACGCUUGACCAGAUUCGUGAGUUGAAGAGAAAUUUUUGGUCAUUAGUACGUUUCCAGGGAACCUCUAUGCUUCACAAGUUGGUUCCAGAUUGCCGUGAAUUCAAAAGUCUAGCUGAUAGUUAGCUUGUAAAUUAGCAGAACUUGGUAGAAGACCACAUUUUGGGAAUCCAAUUUAUCCAUAUACAGGCAGGGAUUGCAUUUUUCGUUGAUUUCAGAGUAGAUUUCCAGUUUUAGGAUCUGUUUUUCUUCAAAUUUAUGCAGAAUGGUUUAAUUAUGGGCAUAUUCUGUAUAAUUUUUUUUUUUUUUAUUAUAUAUAUAUAUAUAUAUAUAUAUAUAUUUGUUUUUUGUUUCAACGGCAGCAAAAGCUCUGUAAUUAAUUAUGCUUUUCAGCUACUUAACAGUUAAAGGUCAGUUUUUACAGUAAAAGAGAAAAAGAAAGAAGAAAGGAGGGUAGAGGGAGAGCUGAUGGGUGGGUUGUAUUAUUGUUUAAUCUCCUGGAUUGUGGAAUGGAGUUGUUUUAUCUCCUUCAGUUUUAAAAUAGUGCAAAAAUUUUGUUCAGCUGCUCAGCAAUUUUUGAGCCUAUGAUAAAGUUGUGUUUUGCUGUGCAAAAAGCUGAUAACUGUUGCAUGGGUCAACUGAUUUAUUUUUUGAGUAUGGUUCAUGA